AUAAGUACAAUUUUGUUCCUAACAGGGAAUGAAAUAGAAAUUCCGUCAGGCAAACAAGUGUACAACUUCACUUGUACAUUACCUCCUGUCCUGCCAUCAUCCUUUGAGGGCCAGUAUGGAUACAUAAGAUACACAGUUAAGGUCACCCUAGACCGUCCAUGGAAAUUCGACCAAGAAACCAAAAUGGCUUUCACUGUCCUAAAUGCAUUUGACCUGAAUCUGAACCCCUCAUAUAAGGAACCAAUCCAUAUUCAACUAGAGAAGACAUUCUGUUGCUUCUGCUGUGCCUCUCCGCCUCUGUCUGUUGAUGUUCAAGCUCCGGUGUCAGGCUAUGUGCCUGGACAAGUGAUACCUAUAAGAAUUGACAUUGAAAACAAGAGUAAUGUGCAGCUUCAUCUUGUUAAAAUCUUCUUGAGAAAGGUGGUCACAUACAGAGCUACAUCGCCAACAAAUGCGCUUAAGAAAACUAAAGAUGUAGUACUAACUGUACAAGAAGGUGCGGCCCCUGCAGGUUCUACUAAAAACUGGAACUUGACUAUGGAAGUACCCCCAAUACCGCCGUCCGAUCUCGUCAACUGCAACAUCAUUGACCUGGACUACGAUUUCAAGGUGGAAUGCGUAGUAUCAGGCAUGCAUAUGAACAUGCACGAUAAAAAGUACAUCACUAUAGGUACCGUGCCGCUAGUCGGUAUGAUUGGGCAGGCCACUCCUUCAGCACCACUUCAAGACAAUGUUGGGAACGGUGACCCAGCACAGUACUCUCCGAGCCAGCCAGCUGUCCUACCCGUUGGACCAGCACAACCUAAUGCGCCGUCGGCUCCCGGUGGUGACGCCAAUCCCGGCGGUUGGGUGAUGCCUGGAGCGCCGCCAGUGCAACCACCAUACCAGACAUUGUACCCGGCACUUACAUCACCGGUUUACAAAGAAUCUCCGUACACAGCUCGUACGAUUCAAGACCGA